AUGCUACAGGUGGCGUGGGCCCGUGGGCACAGCUCAGAGCAGCGAAGUCAUCCGGGCCCCUCACAUACCCACACUCAUGUCUCUGCCUCUCACGGACAAACAGCUGGCCGAAGCACCGGUCUCAGCUGCCUUUCUGCUGGGAGCCGCAGGGUCUCCCAGGCCCAGAGGUGCCUCUGCCCAGCCUGCAGGGGGCGAAAGUGCCUGGAGGCAGGCAGGAAGCAGAGCAGUGAGUCGGCCCCUCCCCUCCGUGCCAGGAAUCCUGACCAUGUUUCUCUCUUCUCCCUGUUCCUACACAGCAUUCCCCACACAGCAAGUGGCGUGAGCUCCUGGCACAUGCAAGACCAGGUCGCCAUUCUGCUAGAAACCUCCAAGGGAUCCAUCUCCCUUCUGGGCUGUGACCCCACGUCUAGCUCCUCCUCGCAGCCUCCGGUGACUCUGGUGCCCCUGGCUCAGCGCACCCCAGCCUCCGGUCUGCCCUCAGCCACCCCUGGGACUCUCCUCGGUGCCGCUGUGCUCGCCCUGGCCAUUCCCUCUCCCGGAACGGUCUCUUGGAAUGAGUGCAGCUUGCUUCUUCUCUUCUAUCUCACGUGUGGUGCCUGUCACCUAGAAGCCAGUGUUCACACCCACCCGUCUGCCACCCAAAUGCUUGCUGCUUCCAUGACCUUGGACCUGUCACUGGAAUCUCAGCCUGUUUGCAUUUCCGAGAAACGAGAAUCCCACCUACGGGGAACAAACCCUGCGUCUACCCGUAGGGUUGCUCCAGAGUUGGCCACACAGCCUUCGAAAGCGCAGCGCUGCCCGAACGUCAGGCGAUGCUGCUCUAGGUACGAAGGGCCCGCCCUCUUCAAUGUUCCCUGGGAAGCCAGGCCUCCGCACACCAUCACCAGCACAGCCCCUUGUUCUCUGCCGCCGAGUCCCACGGGCUCGGGAACGUGGGCAGGACCCCCGCCAGCUGGAGCCUCGGGACUCCCUCCCUGCACCCUCCCCUGGGCAGGCUGUCUGGGGUCGAGACCAGAGGCCGGCAGCCCCCUGCUGGUAUCCACGGCUUUGUCACGCCACUCGCCUGGGCACAGUGACCCUGCCUGCAGCAGCCCUGGCCCUGAGGCUCGUGGAGCAGGCCCAGUCCUGGCACAGCCAGCCCCUGAGCAGCCAAGGAAGGAGCAGAAAGAGCCUGUCCAGGUGCUCCUGGGGGCCCACCGCCACAAGGGCCCCAUGUCUGACCAGUCUGUGCAGUGUGGGCCCCGCUAUUUCUUCCUCCGAAGGCUUCUGUUUGCAAAGCUGCUGGGCCUGUUGGCCGUGCCCCAGAGCAUCAACAGCACCUAUGGACACCAGGUCCAGCACAGCCAGGUGUCUGCCAGGAUGCCCCUGCUCCAGGAGAUCUGCAGCUGCCUUCCCAGCCCACCUGGACACGCGGGGCUGGGAAGGGCCGACAUGGGGGCCAGAGGCUGGGGCCAGGAGAAGGGGGCCCCACGGUCCCAAGGAGCGACUACGGCAAUGACUGCCUCUUCACACAGUCGCAGGGGCGCAGGGGGUGGCUGUGGGGGUAACGUCGUUCUCCGGAAGCACAAAAGACAGGGAAGGAGGUAGCUCCUUCUC